UUCCAUUCUGACACUCAUACUUUAGCAGACCGCCAACGCUGCGUCUGAAGCGCAUGCAUCCGCGGCCACUUUCGUUCCUGUAGCUGCUCGACAAGAUUCCUUGAGCGAUGAACAAACCGCUAUGGACAACUUAGAUGCUAACACCUUUGUCCUCUCCGCAAACGACCCCCAAGAACCGCAGGCGAGGUACAGAGAGUAUACACUUCAACAAGACCUUUUAGCGUGCAACAAGCAGUACGGGGUUGACCCAACUCCAAUCGCCAGCCAGUCUUCCAUCGGUACGACCCCGCUUAAGGACGUCAGGUUCACACAAUGCCAACAAGCCCUCGUCGAAUGCGCCCAGAAGGCUCUAGAUGAGCACAAGUUGUCCAGCGAGAGCUGGCCUCUUGCCGACCCCUUGGAGAGGCCCGUCUUGAGGACCAACAUGCUCGAACGCGGCAUGGUCAAGUGUCUCCGUGUAGCCGCCUCAGACACCAAGAAAGUCUUCACGCUUUCCGACAUGACAGAGAAAGAGUUCGAGGUUUACGGAACAGUUGCAAUGUGCAACAAACAUCUCGUCUUGUGCUUCGAAGACAUCUCAGGACUAUAUGACGACAAGGUAGCUGAGUGGGACGAAGAUCACCCUCAGUGAUCAGUGGGCCUCUCUGUUCCCAUGGCACCGGCAACGAUACCGCAAUCCGGCACACUCUCUUGUGGUGAGACAAGAUGGUGGUGAAAGGGUAUCUGGCGCAUAUUAAAGAUCAUUUGAAGGACGGAAGGACGCUCAUUAGGGAACAUGUACUCUCCUCCAAUGCCUUAGCAGUCAUCACGUUGUUAGGGAAUUCCCCAACUCGUAAGCUGUCCAUCCAAUGAUAUGGUUCUCUUCGUA